UCGUCGACGAACGUCAACUGAGACCGGAGGAACUCCAACUGAACCAUAAAUCCACAACAUCAAAUUCACCUCGGCCGCAAUAUUUUUCCACCACCACUUGCUUCCCCCGAAUUAAUUACUCAAUCAAUAAACCAUCGAAUGUCAGAUGAAAAAAUUGCGCCAAUUAAACCCGAAGAAUCGGUUGAAUUUUGGAAUGAGCAUGAGUUGCAAUGGGGAGCGGUUGCCCAGGGAACGAAAUCAAAACAGAGAGCUGAGUUGAUUCGACUCUCCGCGAGUAUGAUCGCCCCGGGAACGAUAAAUUCAAUUAUAAAUUGCAACUGAUUGAUUAAAAAUAUUGAAAAUGGGACUGAGCAAUCGAUGGGCGCUCGCAGUGCUGGUGGCAAUGACCAUUCAAGCAGGAAGGGCUAUUGACUGCUUCAAGUGCGUCUCACUCGGUGGUGACAACAAAGCCUGCGACGAUCCGUUUCACAACAAUGGAUCUCUCGAGUUCUUAGAGUCGCCUUGUCUAGGUGGACGGAAAGGUCGGGACGGCCUCUUUCCAGCGACUGCUUGCAUAAAACUCGAUGGAAUUUAUGACGAAACUGGUGUAUCCCUCACCGUUCGCAGUUGCGCUUUGGACAGUGGAACCCUCACAACAGAUUCGGAGCUCGUCAGAUCAUCCCACUGCGGUGGAUUUUAUUACGACGGAAAGUACGUACGGGGAUGUGUGCAGUCGUGCAGUGACUCCGAUGCGUGCAACGGCAGCACCGCAACCAGAAGAAACAUAAUCAUGGAUUUAAUACUGAUUCUAACUACUCUCGGAUCGAUUUCCGGUUACACGAUUAACUUUAUUACGUAAUAGGAGGGAAUUCCAUUAGUAGAGAUUCAAUUAUCGUACUGCCGCUAUCGAGAUCUUCUCAGUCCGCCUUUUGUUCAUUUUA